AUGGAGGCUACAAACCUAGCGAUGUCGCCCCGAGAGCCGAUCAAGCCUCGAACAGAGCACAAGGCUUUAGAAAUUACAGGCGGGAAACCAAAUCAAGUCGGAACAGUUCUGCUAUACGGCGUACCGAUUGUAUCCCUAGUUAUUGAAGGUACGGAGAGAUUGUGUCUCGCUCAGAUAUCAAACACUCUGUUGAAGCAGUUCUCAUACAACGAGAUUCAUAAUAGGAGAGUGGCGCUGGGUAUCACCUGUGUCCAAUGUACGCCUGUACAGCUGGAGAUAUUGAGGCGAGCCGGCGCUAUGCCUGUCUCGUCUAGACGAUGCGGUAUGAUAACACGUCGUGAGGCAGAGCGUCUUUGCAAGUCUUUUUUGGGAGACAACGCACCACCUCGUCUCCCUGAUGACUUCGCGUUUGCUGUCCAUCACGAAUGCGCUUGGGGCUGUCGCGGAGCAUUCCUGCCAGCGAGGUACAAUUCAUCGCGCGCGAAGUGCAUCAAGUGCGCUUACUGCGGUCUGUUUUUUUCGCCAAACAAAUUCAUCUUCCACUCUCACCGCGUCGGUCCCGGUGAUAAGUAUGUACAGCCUGACGCUGCUAACUUCAACUCCUGGAGACGGCACAUGAAGCUGAGCGGCAGUCCGCCCGUGGAGGUUGUACACGCUUGGGAAGACGUUAAGGCUAUGUUCAACGGCGGAACUAGGAAACGUAUGCUAUCAGCCGCUAGACGCGUUGUUCGCAGGGAGGAACCGGAGCCGAAGCGAGCGGCGUCGAGUCCCCCAGCGCCGCCCGUGCCGAGACUAGCGGACUAUGUAUGGGGAGCUCGCCUACCACUGCCGUACGCUAUACCCUGGCUGAAACCGACCUUAUGGUCUCCUGGUGCCCUAACAGCCUUGAGCAGUGUAGGUGGUAUAGAAGAGCCGCGAGCUUUCCGUCCAGUCCGCUCUCAUCGUCUGGAGUCACCACAACUCUCACCAACAGUGUCUCCCUCUAUAACACCAUCCAGGUCCCCGACUACAUCUCCUCGACAAUCUCGCUCACCCCUCCGCUCCCCGCUGCGCUCGCCGCUCCGCUCAUCACCGGCGCGCUCGUCUAAAAGUGAUAGAGACAGUGACGAGAGCGUCGAUAUUGAGACCACAGAGGAAGAUCAAAUUAAGGACGCGAGAUGUACCUGGCCGUGUCGUGGAAUAGCCAGGCCUCGUGAAGAAUGGGGGGCGCUGGUUCCAAAGGUGGAGAGAGAGGAGGAACCGUGGCGGCUUCCUGAUCUUCGUCCACCGCUGCAUUAUUUGCAUGAUCGCGAGAGGGAAAGCUGUGCAGCUUGCGUGGCACCUUUAACGCUGCUACCGCCACCUACCACAGCGCCGCACUAACAACGAAACGAAGCAGCAAUAAUAGUUUGAGAAGAAUCCGGUAGAUGGCACUAUUAUGAAAUGUCUUAGCACUAAUGUUGCCAUGCUUCAAAACUCUAAAACAUAAUAUUAGAACGAAUAAAUUGUUACCAAUCUAGUCAUAGUUAUGUAGAUUAAUUACUUGUAGAUACUGAUUAAUCUUUUAGGAUGUGUAUUGAAGCAAUGAAUAUGAAUUAAUGAAUUUAAUUCAUUACUUUUUACUAUUUAAUUUACUAAGGUUAAAAUGAUUUACUUAAAUAAAGAUUCAUGUCUACAGCCGGCACCCAUUGCCAAAGUAUUAAAUUUAUUUAGUAUGUUAAUUGUAAAUAUUUACUAUAAUUAAAACUAAGCGCUCUAGUCAGCUGAAAUUA